AUGGCUGAUAUUCCGACCGACACCCCGACCGCCGCCGAGCUCAGCACGGCUAGCAAGCUUGACAUGUCGCUUGAAGACAUAAUCAAGCAAAACAAGAAGCCCGCCAAGAAGCGCAAGUUCCGCGAGCGCGCAGAGAAGGAGAAGGAGCAGAAGGGCAAAGAGAGAGAGGAAGAGGAGGAGGAGGAAGCUGAUGAGGAGCUUGGCUUGGCUCAUAGAUCCAAGAUCAGCAAGCUGGACAUGUCUCUGGACGACAUCAUUGCCCAGAAUUCGAGCACUCAGCAAGCCGAGGAGGACUCUGGCUUGGCCGGCAGCCCCCCCGAGGUUGCACGACAGCCUCUGGUACCAAUCGUGCCAUGGAAAAGUUUGAGAAGAAUUCGUGGUCCAGCCCUUCUUCGUAGCAUUGACCCCACCAUGACAAACUACGAGAGCACUUCUGGCAGAGUUACGGUGGCCAAAGUUGACUCUCAAGAGGCAUUCAGCGAGUUUCGCGACAGAUAUCUCGCGCGGAUCCAUGACGCACUCGAGAACGGAGACGUGGAGGUGGAGUUUCGCUUCUGGAAGGUUCCUAAUGCCCCCAACGUCGAGCCGCGCAACGAAUAG